CACCAUCACAAACCCUAUUCGAACAAAAUCAUAUUCUUUUCUUCAGAAAAUAGGGAUCCCGUUCCCAAUCGGGUAAUCACAACUUCCUUGGACGCGGAUCCAAUUCAUUUUCCUAUUUUAUUCAAUAUCAUCUCUCUUCAAUUCCACUGAAUCGCCGUUUUUCAUCACUCACCCUUCUCAAUUCCUUCCCUUUGCUUCAUUCAAUCGAUCGUUUCCUCCAUCUAGGGCUUUUCUAUCGCGUUCUCAUUUCAUCUCCUGCGGAAUUCAGUUUCUCAAAUUAGGGUUUCUGAGCCUCUCCCGCUUCCAAAAGCCCCUCGAUUUCGUCCUGGAAUUUUUAGGUUUUUCGAAACUGGGGGAAUAGGGCACUCCCAGUUUGUCGUUCUUGCCCAUAAAAGGAGGUCAACGAGUUGUUCGUGUGGGAGUUGUGGGCUGAGCCUGCAAGAUUGGAUAUAAGCUGGAGUUAUCACAAUGCUGGGUUUGAAUCGUAGUGGGUUUAGUAUAUCUUGCCGUUUUCUCCACCUAGCUGAAUGGCAUCCAUUGGAAUAGCAAAGCUUAGUGGGGCCUGAAGCCCUCUUUUCUCCCCUUAAUCUCAAAUCAGGUUUUCAAUUUUUGGUUGAGAGAUACACCAACUACCUUCAAGGUGCUAGCUCCAAAUGCUAAGUAAGACUCUUUCUUUUGCCACUGCAAUGGGCUGCUGUAAUUGCUUCGGCUUCAUAAGGAGUCAAAGCCGACAGAGAGCUAAGCCCCGCCAUGUCAACCAUAAUCCCUCCCAGGAGCGGUUGUUGGAUGAUGACAUGGAUGACAUGGAUGACGAUGAUGAGCUGAUGUAUGGUGACAAUGUUGCCAACUCCAGUAGUGGAGAUGAUAGCGAUGGGCAAAUUCGCCCCAAGCGAUCCGAGGAUAUUUUGAACUUCAGAGCAGAGAAUGACUUGGUUUGUAGGAAGUUUCCUGUUAAGGAGACUCACAAAGUUGUUCGAUCAGAGGAUGACAAUGGGACCAAGAUGAUUAAUCAGUAUGUUCGUGAAUAUAAGAUCGGUUCUGGUAGCUAUGGGAAAGUGGCGCUUUAUCGAAACUCCAUUGAUGGAAAGCAUUAUGCAAUUAAGUCCUUUCACAAGUCUCAUCUACUGAAGCUUCGAGUUGCACCCUCUGAGACAGCCAUGUCUGAUGUUCUACGUGAGGUACAAAUUAUGAAAAUGCUAGGGCAUCCUAAUAUAGUCAAUCUUAUUGAGGUGAUUGAUGAUCCUGAGUCAGAUCACUUCUACAUGGUACUUGAAUAUGUGGAAGGCAAGUGGGUUUGUGAGGGUACAGGCCGUGCUUGUGCCUUAGGUGAUGAGACUGCUAGGAGAUACUUGCGAGAUAUAGUUUCUGGAUUGUCAUAUCUCCAUGCUCAUAACAUAGUACACGGGGAUAUUAAACCUGAUAAUCUGCUGAUUACACGACAUGGAACAGUAAAAAUAGGGGAUUUCAGUGUCAGCCAGGCUGUUGAGGAUGAUAAUGAUGAGCUUCGACGUUCACCUGGCACUCCCGUCUUUACAGCACCAGAAUGUAUUCUAGGUCUUACCUAUCGUGGCAAAGCAGCUGACACAUGGGCAGUAGGAGUUACUUUAUACUGUAUGAUAUUGGGUGAAUACCCCUUCCUUGGGGACACACUUCAAGAUACAUAUGACAGAAUAGUCAAUAAUCCAAUAAUACUCCCAAAUGAUCUGAACCCACAUGUAAAGAACCUAAUAGAAGGACUACUUUUGAAAGACCCAAAACUUAGGAUGACUCUGAGUGAUGUUGCGGCACAUAGCUGGGUCGUUGGAGAUGAUGGGCCAAUUCCUGAGUACCUAUGUUGGUGCAGAAGGAAGCGCUUUGGUCAAGAAAGCAACGAAAACAAUACUACUGACUAAAUAUUAUUAGGUUUUUGGGUUUGGUUUAUGUAUAGCAUAAAUAGCCCAGGAAUUAAUCGCCUUUUAACUCUUUUUCUGGCAUGUUAUGAUUUUAGCAGGGUAGUCUUGAAGGAAUCUUUGUCUUGGAAUUUAAGAAAGGCGAUGCGAUAGUAACCGCGGAAUGAAGAGAAUGUUGGUUUGUGUUUUUGUGUGGAAGAAUUUGGUGUCUAGGGACUUAGGAGAGGAGAGAAUGAGAUCUUGUAUCCGGCUCUUUACAAUGUUUGAGUUUUUGAGUUCCAAGUUUCUAGGCAAUGUUUCUGUGUAUUCCAUGCAUUUUGGUUUAAAGAUUCAUCCUUUUCACACAGGAUCAUCAAAAUUCAGUUAUAGGGUUGUGGUGAACUGGAACCCAAGGAAUUUAAUGGGUCUUUGUAGAUUGAUGAUUUUGUAUUGGAGUGGAAUGAUUAGUAAUGCUAUGGAUUUUAUUUUACUGUUUAA